AAAUAAAAAGAAAACUGUACUAGAUUUGAGAUAAGCAUUCAUCAAAAACCAAUAAAAUAGUUUCAUUACAAUCAUCCCCAAACUCCUAAACAUCUAUAAAUCUCACAGGUCCCCUCUCUCCCUCUCUCACAUACAUACUAAGAAAAACACGCACGCACACACACACCUUCACAUCCAGUCACACGCGCACACCGAGACAUACAUAGAAGAUGUCCACUCUCAGUCAACUCUUUGAUCUUUCGGAACAAAUAUACUAUGUACAAUGUGGUUUCUGCACCACCAUGUUACUGGUAAGUGUGCCAUGUAACAGCUUGUCCAUGGUGGUCACAGUCAGAUGUGGCCACUGCACUGCCCUCUUUUCUGUCAACAUGAACAUGAUGAAUGCUUCUUUGGUACCUUUCCAAAAUCUUUGGAACUGUCUUAACCAUAACGAGCAAAAGCAACAAGAUUGCCCAGAUGCACAGAAGGUCUUGGACUGGCAUGGUACAUCCAUGCUGGCCUCUUCUGACUAUGAAGAAGAUGAUAUAAUCUCUGUCAAUCACAUCGUUAACAAACCCCCUGAGAAGAGACAACGAGCACCAUCAGCUUAUAACCAGUUCAUUAAAGAAGAGAUCAAGAGGCUUAAGACUGAGAAUCCAAUGAUGGGUCACAAGGAAGCUUUCAGUGCAGCUGCAAAAAAUUGGGCUCAUUUCCCUGCAAUUCAGUACAAAGGAGAUGGAGACUAUAGCCAGAGUGAAGAAAAUGUGACAUUGGGCGCAGAAGUCACUGAGGUCCAUGAAGCUGGCAAAGGUUUUCGUGAAAGAAAAGCCCUCAAGAGAUCCCACAUGGGCUACGACACACUCGUUUGAACAAGUCUACAAAGAUUUCUAUAAAAAGAAAGCAGUUUCUAUUUCAGGGUUAGUGUUAGGAUUAACUCAUAUGCCUUUAGACUAGUAGAGGUAUAAAUGUUCUUGGGAAUGAGGCUUUCACUGCAGUUGUAGAAGACUCGUUGUCAUUGAUUAGAAAACAACCUUUAGCUUUCAAAUUAAGGGUGCUUAACUAUUGAAAUAUUAAGUCUAAAAGACAAAUUUUCACUUAAAGCUCUAUAUUAGACCAAAGAAAAUAAGCUUAAGGAUAUAUAUGAUUGUCGUUUGGAUUUGGGGCACAUGCAUUUACAUGGAUUCUCUUUGCAUGUUG